UUACUGCUACAGCAACACACGGCAGCAGCACGCGCACGGCAACUCGCUAAAAUAUACAUGCUUUCAAAAAGUUUCGUGUGAGAAGUGUGUGGGGUUCAUACGUCAUAAAGUGCGUGACAGGACUCCAGCGGAUUGUUUGGACACGCAAUGAAGGGAAUGGCAAGCAGCACCUGAAACCUGUUGCCUUUGACACUAAUGCGAAAUGUGAUUUUGUCAUUUUUGUACUCUUAAUAUACCUAAAAAGUAGUUUGUUUUUUUUCUACGUCAGUUGCUUAUUUCUUUCACGUCUUUCGUCUUAUUUUUGACGUUUUUCGGUUGUGAAUCUUACCUUUCGCCGGAUUUCGUUCACCUGCGGUGUGGAAUUUCAAUCAGAGCCGAAGGGAAACAAGACGUUUAAAAUGUUACUUUACAGCAAAGAUUUCGGGGGAAAUGAACUUUCCACCUUCGCACGGUUUGCUCGGUGAAUGAUUGACCAUUCAGUCCACGGAUGCGCGUGCUUUUCCACGCCCGUGUGUUUGAAAUGCGCGCACACACUCAGAGCACAGUGCGCGCGCUCGGUGUCUGGAAUGAAACUUCACUGUGAUUUACAACCUUGUGGACUGUGGACAUGCUGCUGGAGCUAUUAAGGUUUCCUUUUGGGAUUUCUUCAGCAAUAAAUUAAAAAGAAAGAAAGGAAGAGAGAGGAAAAAGUGAGCUUAGAAAAUACUCAAAAGAACUGAAAUGAGUAUUUUUUUCAAUAUGAGGAAACCUGCAGAUUUCACUUUGGAGAUGCACCUGGUUGGAUUUUGGCAAUGUAUUUUGCUUCUGUUGCAACUGUCUUGGCACGGCGAUGCUGCCUCUAAGGAUAUAGUGUGUGAGCCCAUCACCGUUCCAAUGUGCAAAGGUAUUGUUUACAACCAAACGUACAUGCCCAACCAAUUCAAUCACGACACCCAGGAGGAAGUCGGCUUGGAGGUGCACCAGUUCUGGCCACUGGUUCGAAUCCGUUGCUCCCCAGACUUGCUUUUCUUCCUCUGCAGCAUGUACACUCCCAUAUGUCUUCCGGACUACAAAAAGCCCCUGCCACCGUGCAGAUCCGUGUGUGAGAGGGCUAAGAGGGGCUGCUCUCCACUCAUGAUCCAGUAUGGGUUCGAGUGGCCAGAGCGGAUGAAUUGUGAGCAGCUACCCGUGCUAGGCGAUACCGAUCGGCUUUGCAUGGACGAGAACAGCAGUGAGACCACAACUCUAUCACCUUUAUUCCCCAAACCCACCCCCAAAGGAACCCCAAAGCACAGAGCCACUGCGAAAUCCGCUUCGGUGCAGAAGUGUGACCGCGAGUGCCGUUGCAGAGACCCCCUGGUGCCCAUCAAAAAAGAAGCACAUCCUCUUUAUAACCGUGUGCAUGUUGACUCUUUACCCAACUGUGCUUUGCCUUGCCACCAACCCUACUUUUCUUCAGAUGAACGGACGUUCACCACCUUUUGGAUUGGCCUGUGGUCGGUGCUGUGCUUUGUCUCCACACUCACCACAGUGGCCACUUUUCUUAUUGACAUGGAGCGUUUCAAAUAUCCUGAGCGGCCCAUUAUCUUUCUGGCUGCUUGUUAUCUGUUUGUGUCGCUGGGUUACAUCGUACGGCUGCUUGCGGGCCAUGAGCGUGUGGCUUGCGAGGGCUCUGGCGAUCAACAGCACAUCCUCUACGACACCACGGGUCCAGCUCUUUGCACGCUGGUCUUCCUGCUCAUAUACUUUUUUGGAAUGGCCAGCUCCAUCUGGUGGGUGGUGCUGUCCUUCACUUGGUUCUUGGCUGCAGGGAUGAAAUGGGGAAACGAGGCCAUCGCAGGCUACUCGCAGUACUUCCACCUUGCCGCCUGGCUCAUGCCUAGUGUGAAGUCCAUUGCUGUGCUGGCCUUAAGCUCGGUGGAUGGCGACUCCGUGGCUGGUAUCUGUUACGUCGGCAACCAAAGCUUGGAGAGCCUGCGUGGCUUCGUGUUGGCACCUUUGGUUGUUUACCUCUUCACCGGCACCCUCUUCCUGCUUGCUGGCUUCGUUUCGCUUUUCCGAAUCCGGAGCGUCAUUAAGCAGGGAGGGACAAAGACAGACAAGCUGGAGAAGUUAAUGAUUCGCAUUGGGCUCUUUACCGUCCUUUACACUGUGCCUGCAACUAUCGUGGUGGCCUGCCUGGUUUACGAACAGCAUUACAGACCGAACUGGGAGCGAGCACUGGCCUGUUCAUGCCCGUCAGAACGCCAGCGGUUGGGCGUGGGCCCAGACUAUGCCGUCUUCAUGCUAAAAUAUUUCAUGUGUCUCGUGGUAGGCAUCACCUCAGGUGUGUGGAUCUGGUCAGGAAAGACUCUGGAAUCCUGGAGGCGCUUUGUGGCACGGUUCGUCCCCUGUAGGUCCCGUAAGCCACCUGUAUCAGCCUCAUCCAUGUACAGUGAGGCCAGUACUGCUCUUACAGCCCGAGCCGGCACGACACCUACUGGGACCUACCACAAAUCUGCUCCAUCAUCACACGUGUGAACAUUGUCCCAGUGCUUUAGAAAUCCUGCAAACAUCAAACGUGUGCAGGUCAUGACUCUGAAUGAGCAGGUGUCUGUUUGACCUCGCAAUGACAUCUCUACAGGUUCCAGAUACGGCACAGAUACACUAUUAUGAAGGAUUUUUACAGACUGUUAGCUAUCAUUUAUGGAUCUAAUGUGGACAGAAAUGAAAACUGUGAUGUUGUUAACAAAGUUCAUGUGAUAAAGAUCAUUAACAUACUUUUACAGUUGUCAUUAUGAUCUUAGCCAUUUUCUGUGAAUUUUAGAGCAUGAAUUAUUGAAAAAAAAAGGCAGAGGUUAAUAUGAAUCAAGAAGGUUCGUAAAUGAAAUGCUACAAUUUGAGAAGUUUGUGGUGAAAUUUUAUUUAUUUGUAUUUUUGUAAAUAUGCUAUUCGAGAACAUUGUGAGGAUGCAGGUAACGCCGCUCUGUUGUGUUUGUGACUUUAUCAGCAUAUUUAUAGGAUGUAGGUUGGAUGUUGUUUGUAACAACAUCCUAAUCUAAUUUACAAAUGUAUUUUAUUAGUAAAAUGUAAAUAGACGCUUGUAUGGCUUCUCUUGUGAGGGAGAACAACCACUGUGCAGAUGAAUACAACAGGGAGAAAAAUGCUUUAGUUUGGUGUUUGUUGCUAUCCAUGAUUUAGUGUUCAUCUGUGUCCUUCAACGUCCCCCUUAGUUAAAGGGAUAUUUCACCCAAAAAUGAAACUUCGGUCAUCAAUUACUCACCCUCAUGUUGUUCUAAACCUGUAAGAGGUUUUUUAUUCUGUUAAACACAAAAUAAGAUAUUAGAAAAUAAAUUAUAGUAUGCACACAAUUUUUCUACUAUUAAAGUAAAUGGGUACUGUCAACUAUGUGCAUACCAUCAUUUAUUAAAAUAUAUUUUUUGUUGUGUUCUCAAACUCAUACAGGUUUAAAACAAUCAAAGUUAAUUUUUUGUUGAACUAUCCCACCAUGUAUUUUAAAGAUUCUCACAGCUGUCCCUGCACUGUUAAUGGAUUGUUGGUUAGCAUCUGUUGGAUGGUGUAAAUGACGGGAUGUAUCCUGAAGAUCAAUAGGGCCGUUCAGAAAAUCUGUUGUACUAUAAUCUGAUCUUGACUUCCCUCUUGUGGUCAGUAGUUCAACCUUAGCAUGAGGUUUAGUUGUUACCUAGCUUUGUUGACUGUAUCUCUUUAUAUUAACAAAGAUAGGAUGAAGCCAAAUAUUAACAGGUUUAAAAACAUUGGAGCAUAGCUCUGUUUUGAUGUCACAAAUGCUUAUUUGGAUCACAAAUUUCUCAUUGAUGGAUUUCAUGUUUGCUGUCUGAGAUAAUCUGUUCACCUUUGUGUAGAUUUUUGUACAUGUCUAUGUUUUGGCUUAAUUUUUCCUAUCCAAGCUGGUGUAGAAAAAAUUUUUUUCUACUAAAUUAAGAUUUUAAAUUAUCUUAGAUGAACUCUGAACUGAUUAUAUAGUUACACUGCUUCAAGUUUAGCUGUGUGUGUACAUAAUUGUUUGGCUCUAUUCAUUUGUAAAUCUUGUAAGACCCGAGUCCAGCCUAGGCCUUUGUACAUAUUUUGUUUAGUAAGAUAUCAAAUUCAGUCCUACAAUUUUAAAGAGAUUCUUAGAUAUUUAUGAAAAGCGUUUUACAUGUUUCUUUUGUUUCUCUUACUGGUAGAGAAUAAAAGUGAGCUGCAAUCUGUGAACCUGCAA